AUAAAAAAGAUCCUGGCCACUACUGAGAUUUCCGACGGUAAUUUAAGGUACCAUCUCUAGAGCUCGCUUCAAACUUGUUGAAUAAUAAAAUUGAGGAAAAUCAAAUAUGAAACACGUCGUUGAUGUAACUGCAGCGCAUUUGGGAGCGAUUAUACUUCUGGUUUCCAUCUCUUCCAUCAGAGGUGACUUCUGUGAGGUGAAUCACUGCUUCAAUGGAGCAACAUGUGUGACGGGUGUGGGGGAGGAGCCCUUCAUCUGUAUCUGCUCCGAUGGCUUUGCAGGAGACACCUGUAACCUGACAGAGACAGGUCCUUGCAGUCCUAACCCCUGCAAGAACGACGGGACAUGUGAAGUCAUCGCUUCGUCCAGAAGAGGAGAUGUUUUCAGUGAAUACAUCUGCAGGUGCCCGCCCGGCUUUGAGGGGGUGCACUGCCAGACCAAUGUAAAUGACUGUGCAAAGCAGCCUUGUAACAAUGGAGGGACAUGUCGGGAUCUUGAUGGAGACUACACCUGCCACUGCCCGUCUCCAUAUGUGGGAAAGCAGUGCCAGCUGCGUUGCAUUUCUCUGCUUGGGAUGGAAGGAGGAGCGAUUUCAGAGUCCCAGAUUUAUUCUUCUUCUGUGCACUAUGGUGUUCUGGGUCUUCAGCGCUGGGGUCCGGAGUUGGCUCGACUCAACAACCAAGGCAUCGUCAACGCCUGGACGUCAGCUGCACACGACAGGAACCCAUGGAUUGAGAUUAACAUGCAGAAGAAGAUGCGCCUGACGGGCAUCAUCACUCAGGGAGCCAGCCGCAUGGGUGCAGCGGAGUACAUCAAGAACUUCAAGGUGGCGAGCAGUCUGGAUGGAAUCAGUUACAUCACCUACAAAGUAGAAGGUCAACGGCGGGAUAAGGUUUUUGUGGGAAACUCUGACAAUGACGGCACAAAGACCAACCUUUUUGACCCGCCUAUCGUGGCUCAGUACAUACGCAUCAUCCCUGUGGUGUGCCGCAGGGCCUGCACGCUGCGCAUGGAGCUGGUGGGGUGCGAGAUCCAUGCUUCUUCAAACACGGCAGGUUGCACAGAAGCUCUGGGAAUGAAGUCCCGUCUCAUCUCAGAUGAGCAGCUCUCAGCCUCCAGCUCAUUCCGGACGUGGGCCAUCGACGCUUUCACUUGGCACCCUCAGUUUGCCAGACUGGAUAAAAUGGGGAAAACAAAUGCUUGGUCUCCAGCCCACAACAAUCGUUCAGAGUGGAUCCAGGUUGAUCUGGAGAGGACAAAACGCAUCACAGGCAUCAUCACUCAGGGGGCGAAGGAUUUUGGAGUGGUGCAGUUUGUCUCCGAGUUUAAAGUUGCAUAUAGCAACGACGGAAAGUCGUGGACCGUGGUGAAGGAGGAGAACACUGACAAUGAAAAGAUUUUCCAAGGGAACAUCGACAACAACACCCAUAAGAAGAAUAUUUUUGAGCCCCCGUUUUACGCUCGGUAUGUGAAAAUUAUUCCUUGGGAGUGGCACGAACGCAUCACUCUCCGCAUGGAGCUGCUGGGAUGCGAUGACUAGAAACUCACCAUCCACCCUCCAUGAAUCCAAACCACAGUGGAUAAUGGAUCCUGAAAACGAGGAUUUAAUUUGCACUCUAUGGAGAUCACCGAUUAGCUUGGACUUUUAACACUCGUAGCACUUUCUAACUAGCUUAUUAAAGUUUACACAAAAUUGUCGGUGCAACAUAAUAUAUGUACUUAUAGUAAUUUUCUUACAAAAUGUACUUUUAGAGAAACUAACAUUUACUAAGCUAGACAAAUGAUUGACAGAUCCAUCAUCUGAUGGAUUAAGGUUUUCCAUGUUGUUCAUUCAGCUGCUGUUUUGUUACUUGAGCACAUAGUGGCAGAGACACAGGGCCUGUGCAAUUACAAAAAAACGUACUGGCAAAAUAUAGGCACCAAUGUGGUACAACACAAAUUUACUUUUCACAACUGUAUUUUUAACAAGCUGCCACAUAUUUUCUGCUUCCUUCUCAAGUAUAACUGUAAUUUAAUGCAUUUUAUAACAAAUGUGAAUAUGUAGAAAAUGUGUGUUUUUUUUUAAACAAACUGUUUUUCAUUUGAUUUUUCUAAUGAAUUGUUGAGCAUUUAUUAAAGAUUAAACAAAGUUUCUUUUGUGUUUACUAA